CCUACUUUACCCGAUUGCACUCAUAUAUGCGGAUAGAGUGAGCGCGCGGGGGGGAGUGCGGCCACUGCGCCAACAGCCAGUCUCCGCGCCGGGAUCGGUCUCAGUGCGGCGGUCAUGCGUUGGAACGACAGCCGCGCACCCGUGUCCCAGCUCCACUCCCGUCAUCCCGUAGUGACUGUACCCUGAAUGGCUGCCCGUGCAUGGCCCAGUGAAAGCGGGGAGCACCAGCAGUCGGGACAAGAGCGCGCCGCGUCUCCUUAUUUGAACCAUCUCUGAGCUGGAAAGUUGUCAGCGAGCAGGACACAUUCGAGGUGUGCUCGGCGCACCAUGGCCCAGACCCUCCAGAUGGCGAUCCCAAACUUCGGCAACAACGUCCUGGAGUGUCUGAACGAGCAGAGGCUGCAGGGGCUCUACUGCGACGUCUCCGUGGUGGUCAAGGGACACACAUUUAAGGCCCACCGCGCCGUUCUAGCAGCCAGCAGCGCUUACUUCCGGGACCUGUUCAGCAGCAGCAGCAGCUCGGGUGGAGGCUCUGGAUCAGGGGGAUGCUCUGGUGACGUGAGCCCCAGCGUGGUGGAGCUGCCCCCGGCCGUGCAGCCUCAGAGCUUCCAGCAGAUCCUGUCUUUCUGCUACACCGGCCGCCUCAGCAUGACCGUGGGAGACCAGUUCCUCCUCAUGUACACCGCCGGCUUCCUCCAGAUACAGCAGAUCAUGGAGAAGGGCACUGAGUUCUUCCUAAAGGUGUCAUCCCCGAGCUGUGACUCCCAGGGCCUCCACACAGAAGAGGCCCCCACCUCGGAGCCCCAGAGCCCUGUCACUCAGACCGGUAACGGUGUGUCCCGACCUGCGGCCAGCGUCACCCCUCUACCUCUAGUGUCCCGCGUGAAGACGGAGCAGCCCGGACAGCCCGAAGCCGCAACCCCAUACUCUGUGGUGUGCACCCCAGUCGCCAAACGCCUGUGGGAGGGGGGCAGUGUGCGGGACGGGGGUGGGGCAGGCUCGGGUGGAGGGGGCGGGGCCAGGAAAGCGGCCCGAUACUCCCAGGACGCAGUGAGGGGCAGUGCCAUCCAGAGUCCCGGUGCGCUGGGGCUGGCGAUGGGCAUGGGAGCUACGGCCUCGAGCUUAGCGGGGAUGGUGGGGGGUCUGGGGGGCAAUAACGGGGGCACCAAUGGCAGCGCGGCGCCGACAGGUCUGGGGAUGUCCGAUGGAGCCAGCCCGGGCACCCUGAGCACCUACGCCAGCGACUCGCCUAUCAGUUACCAUGACGACGAGGAAGAGGAGGAGGGCGCAGACGAGAGCGCUGAAGAGCAGUACAGGCAGAUCUGCAACAUGUACACCAUGUACAGCAUGCUCAACAUGGGGGCUGCAGCCACCGGUGAGCGUGUGGAAGCCCUGCCGGACCACACAGAGACACGCGGGCGUAUGAGGGGGCGAGACCUGACCUGUCUGCCUGCUGAGCUCAUCGCACAGAUCGGCAACCGCUGCCACCCCAAACUCUAUGAGGAGGGCGACCCCGCAGAGAAGCUCGAGCUAGUCUCAGGUACGUCGGUGUAUAUCACGCGCGCCCAGCUGAUGAACUGUCAUGUGAGCGCAGGGACCAGACACAAGGUGCUGCUGCGGAGGCUGCUGGCUGCCUUCUUUGACAGAAAUACUUUGGCCAACAGCUGUGGAACCGGCAUCCGUUCCUCCACCAAUGACCCCAGCAGAAAGCCACUGGACAACAGAGUGCUACAUGCAGUCAAAUUCUAUUGCCAGAACUUCGCCACCAGCUUCAAGGAGAGCGAGAUGAACGCCAUCGCGGCCGACAUGUGCACCAACGCCAGACGGGUGGUCCGCAAGAGCUGGAUCCCCAAACUCAAGCUGCUGAUGGCCGAGAGCGACGCUUACUCUGCCUACCUCCCUGAGAACGUCAAGACGGAGGAGGACGGGCUGGUGGCGACGGAGCCAGGCUUUGACCCCGCCUCUUUGGAGUCCAGCGGGGGUGGAGCCUGCGGGGGCUUGGAGUCGGGGGGCGGGCAGUCAUCAGGGGAAACUCUGUCAGGAGUAGCCGGGGACGCCGCAGCUUUGUUUUGAACUCCGUGUUGGGGCGUCUGACCGUAUAAAUGAUGAAUGAGUUGAAAUUACUUGAAUUAAGAAUAUUUGGCUUGGUCUGAGUAGUUUUAAAUAGAUUUACUUUGGGCAUAUUAGAUCUAGAUUAUAAUUUUUUUUUAAGCCAGUGCGUAACUUUUUAGCCAACAAAUAAAAAUAAAAUAAAAGCAUGUUUUUAAUUUUUUAUCCAUUGAAAAACAGGCAUUCUUACUGGAAACUGCAUCUUACUCCACAAACCUGAGUCGUACUUUGCCUGUUUCCAUAGAAAUGUCAUUGCUUUGCCUAUACUCACUAUGGCAUAAAACGUAUCUUCAUAGACAAAUGUUCCAACGUAUUUUUUUAAAUUUCUAUUUUCAUGGAAUCAUGCACCUCCAGAAAGUUAUAUACUGUACUUUUUAAUACACAACUGGUCUCUAGAUUUUUUUUGGCCUAAUUUCAAGGAUAAAAAAAAAUACAAAACGCAACAUUUAUUUGAUCACUUUAUUAUAAUUCAGUCUUCGCAUUAACUUAAGAAAAGCAAAAUACAAACUUAAUGCAUUGGCAGAAUUUAUUUGCCUUGAAAUAAGAAAACAAAGUCUUUAAACCAGCUCAGUAUAUCUUGGAAGCCACAUAAUCUAGCUCUAGUAAACAAAACAAAAGUCUAACCUACUCAAAACUACUCAAAUCAAGAUCAGCCUUUCAAAAUUUAAGUCAUCACAACUCACACAUUCAUUUUUGCAGUCUUCCCCCGUGCUUGCUCCUCCAUGUGACUUUUGUUCCACACUGCUUGGGCCCAACUAUGCGCCCGCUGUAACCUGGACGUACGUAAACACAUUUUUUUGCUUUGUGAUGAAACGAAAAACAAGCAGAUUGAAAAUGGAACGGAGGGCGAGAGGGUGCGAUUCCCCUCUUGAUGAUUCAUGAAUACAUUCCCUGGACAGUAGUGGGCGGGUGUGCAGGGUCAGGCUAUAAUAGGGGGGAGUGACUGAGUGAAUGUUUUUCCUCUAUGCAAGCCUGACCUCUUGUGGUGGAGUUUGGGAGUCGAUUUGCCCCCUUCAUUUGAACACUACCUGAGCUCACCAUCUUCCACUCCUACUAAAGUCCCCUUCACGGCACCUGUCCUCUCCACGCCAGAUAUAUCUCACUAUGUGUCACUGUGCGGUGUUGGUCCUGAAUUAUACUGUAAAGCACUGUAAAAAUAUCUACACAGGUUAAAAUGACUAAAAUUCAGAAUGUUUACCUAGUUUUGAGUUGUCUUGACUAGAUUUAUUUAUUUAGUUGGUGGUCUAAAUUUCUGGAUUUGUUUUGAGGUCAUUCUGACUGGUCUUGAUUCUCAAAAAUGUUUUAAUGUUGAGUUUACACGAAUAGUUUAUGUCAUACUUUCCCAUCUAAAAUUUUAUGUUGGUUGAAAAUGACCAUUUUAAGUUUCGCUAAAUCAAAUUCUUGCUUUUUAUAUUCACAAAAAAAACUGACUAUUUUUUAGGGAUUUUUUUAGCUUUUUUUUUAAAACUGUUCUUACGUCAUUGGUAGAUUAUAUGGUAGCUUUUAAAGAAAAUAUGAAACCAGUUGGAAAGACCUCAAUAAAAGUCCAUAAAUGCAAACUUAAUAAAUAUAAACCUGAUUAGAAAUUCUGAAUUCAAAUGAUUUUAACUUGCAUAGAUAUUGUUUUUUACGGUGCGUUUUUCUUUUCUAAAUGCAUGUUCCUCUUUCUAUGAUGUGAUCAGGAGAGAAGGCAAGAUUUUUUACUAAGAUGAUUGUAAAGUAAAUUUAAGGGCAAAUGGUAAUCAAAGAUGGUCAAAGAUAUUUUUAGAAGUAUAUUUAUAUGAUUAGAGUCCAUGCCUGGCAUGUUCUGAGCAAAGAGCGAGGGAGUUUAACUUCACUUUAUGUUUUACUAAAAUCAUAUAUCACAAUAAGGUAAACAUAUUUUUGCAGAGACCAUAGUAUAAAAAUAGCAUUGCAGUGUUAACAUAGGACCUCCUAUAGAACCUCAAAUGGCUGGCUUAUAGUAGACGGGACUAUAGGUUUCAGUCUUUCAGAAUUCUUUAAAAAAAAAAAAAAAAAAUUGGUUGACUGAUUUCGAUGCAUUUCAUUCUAAAGAGUAAAGACUGGUCGACCUGGCACGACUGUUGACUGUUGAGCUCAUGAUCUUUAGUAAAAAGUGCAACGUCUGCCUCUGUGAUGAAGCUUAUUCCAACAUUAGUGGAGAAGUGGGCGGAGACUUUGAAUGUGCCUUUAAAUGAACCAAUAAUCAGACGCAGCGAUGUCAGGGGAAAGCAAUAUCCUAAAAGGUUAUGGUACUGUGUAUGUGUGCAUGUGUCUGGUACGUACACUGCAGACAACGGAAUACACUCAAAAGAACUCAAAUGUUGACUUCAAAUGAACUUUUUCCAUUUCGUUUUUAUGUUGCUCCAACACAACUUUUUGAGUUUUAAUUUAAAGUAACUACAAUUUUAACUUUGAGUCAACGUAAAAUAUUUACAUGGAAAAGAUAUUGGUUUUGACAUUUAUUUAAAGUCAACAUGUUUUGUUUUAUGUGUUAAAGUUAAAAUGACUUGAAUUCUGAAUAUUAAACUUGCUUUUUUUCUUCUUCUUUUUUUAAGUUAGUAAGACUCGAUUUUGGACUAUUUUAAAUCUAUCAUGUCUGUCAAAUUUGUAUUUACUAUUUUAGCUGAACUAUUAAUUACAAUUGUCUCUGCCCUCUGACAGAUAUGUUUUUCUUUUAAAUAACUAGAGCAAAUUUAUAUUCCCAAGUCCCCAAAUCUACACAAACUAAACAGACAAUUCAAAACAUGUUUGCAAGUUUGAGUCAUUUUAACCUUUCCAGACAUUCCGUUUUUUCACAGUGUACAUUUUAUAUUUAUGUGUCUAAUGCCCAUGACGUAGUGCCACCUUGAAUUUUAGAAUCCAAAAUGGCUGACCUGUGGGACUUUUGCACCUUCCGAGGCGUAGAGUGAAGGCUGGAGCACCUUAAGCGAAAAGCACCUUUUCACUGUUGAUGUGUAGCAAUCAACCCCCUUUAGCUUUCCCGUGUGUCCUUUUCAAACUAAUUUCACUGAUUUUCUUAUUUGAACGUGGCACAGUUGUGUUGUAAAUAUUUGCGAAGACUGUUGAGUUGAAACCCAAGUGUUCUUUUAUUUACCGUUUCUUUUUUUUUUUUAGAAUUUCUUUUCUGUGUGCCAUCUAUUAGCGUGUUUGUUAGCAUGCAUCCUUGCAGUUUCGUAUUACAGAACGAUAAUGGCGCUAGCGAAAGGAGAGGAAAACCGGUAACUUCUAAAUGUUUGAUCACACUCUUUUCUGUUGAUGUAUUGUACAAUAUAAGCAUGUUUCACAAUAUUACUGAAAACUCCACCUGGUUCGUACGGGCAGACAAACUUAGUACUGUGUUUUGAAUGGACUUAGGGUAUCAACAACGACAAAACCUCAGUUGGCCUAGCGCUGGACUGUAAACCCACACACACUCCGAUACCUCUGAGGCCUGUUGAUGGAAUCCGGGUUGAAUUCAAAGAAAGUUCAGGUUUACUUUGAGCAAACUCUGAGUUAAAUAGUUAGUUCAAGAUCAGCGUCGGUCGCCAUUGUGACAGACUCUCCAGUGUCACCCCAGCUUGUAACUCUUGAGUUUGAAGAUCCGGAUUCCCGCAACAAGCCAGUGGACUCAGCCAGACUGUUGUGCUUCCUGUCCCUCAGACCUCUGUCAUGGCCGCUUCCCAAUUCUCAAAACUUGAUUACCUCAAACUCCUUGAUUCCUUUGCCAAAAUCAAACCAUUUACAGUUCAAUGUCUUCUUCGGUUGAACUAUAAACUUAAAAUGCAAUUUGGACAAGAAAUAAACAAACCCAAGACAUCCCCGCCAUCUUGAUUAUUUUAAAAACUAGAACCUUAAGCGAUUAUCUGCUAUGAAGUGGAUGAAUUUACAUGAAACAAAUUGAACAAUAUGACCGGUUGGCGCGGAAAAUGUCAACGAAAUCGCCUUGUAAACAAUUUUCAAGUUUGAGAAUUGAGACGCGGUUCAUGAGUACCACUUCCACUAAACGGGUGUCCAUUGAAGCAAGGCAGUGACUUCAGGUAGCUAGAUCUGAAUACACCUCAACUUCUUUGCUUCUCAGUGUUCCUCACGGCACUGCGAGGCUCCUCCUAUAUAUCGUCUGAUCCACCUCCGCGACAACCAGACGACGCAGAUGCAGUAAGCUGUUGCCAUGUUCAGUCCAGUAAGCAUAAAGAGAAGCUACAGGAACAAAACGUGUAAUGUGUUAUAAGAAAGAAUUAAGGGAGCGCAAAGGGAACAAAUUUUCAGAUACCGUCUAUGGUAUUAUCAGUGUUAACAAGUUCUAUGGAGCCCAAAAUUACGCAAAUUGUACUACGAUACCAACUACGUGUAUUGCUUAUUGGAUAUAAACCCUUUACUUUUUUGCGCAACCUUAUUAUACCUGAAUUCUGCAAAGCUGUUGUGUUAUAAUCCAAAUGGUAUAGUUUACUCAAUAUGGAGGAGCGACGUCAACUCAAAAAUCCUUGUUUAUUUGAAUUACCGCUAACACUUUUGAAGCAUGUACAGUAUGUUUACACAAAUUGCGUAUAGACCCAACACUUGAAUGGAUUACGGCGUGGCACGGCUCCAAAACCCUUUUGUUUUUCACUGAACAGUACAUAUAAAUAUAUACAUAACUAUAAAUAUGAUUAUAUACAUGUAUAGAUGAAUACUGUAUAUUACAAACUAGAUGCACCCACAUAGCGGUUCUUCAUGUUUGUUGUGCACUCGCAGCAUGACCGAUCAAUAUUUAGCCCGACUCGCGCUUCUUCACUAUCAAUGUGUGUGUCUGUGUUAAGCCUGUAGCACCAGUGGCCCUCCUGUCCGGCUCCUCUUCCUCCUCCUCCUCCUCUUCCUCUUUCUGUGUUCCAAGUGCCAAUAACUUUGUGAAAAGCCCUGUAACUGUGACCCGACAUUAUCCAAGGUAAUUGCACAUUAACAACUGUAAAAUAAAGGCGAAUCCUAUAGAGAAAAUGUCAACGACUAUUGACUAAAUGAUGAAUAUCGUAAUAAAAGAUUUGUAACAUUU